AUGAGUAAGGCUUGCUUCCUCCUUUCUCAAAAAGGAUUGAAUAUAUAUGCUCCUGACAAGACCAUACGGACGCCUCUGCACAAUGCUAUCAUUUCCAACAGACUUGAAUUUAUCAGUACAAUACUCGCUGAGCCCGAUAUUCGAGCUGACGCCCGAGAUAUGUUUGGACGGACCCCUUUCUGGUAUGCAACGCGGGAAGGAGGAAGCCCCGAAAUAGCUAGUGUCCUGCUUGACUAUGGAGUAGAUUAUAACGCUCCAGAUUCUGAGGGGUGUACCCCGUUAGGGUCGGCAGCUGAAUCCGGAAAUACUGCUGUACUACGUCUCUUGCUUGGGAAGGGCGGCAUCCAUGUCAAUGCGAGAACAGACGACGAGAUCCCUCCACUUUGGUUGGCGUGCCGUGCUGGCCAAAGGAGCAGAGAAGGCACGUCACCCAUCCAUGUGUCAAUUAUUCGCAACCAUAUAAAAAUCGUUCGACUCCUCCUUCAGCAACAUGAAAUUGACAUUAAUAUCAAGACUGACCGGGGAAGCACCGCCCUCAUUCUAGCUGCAGUUACUGGAAACUAUGCUCUGGUACGACUUCUACUCGAACAUACUAGAAUUGAGAUCAAUGCUGUCGAUGACCGUCAGCAGACAGCGCGCGCGUGGGCAGCUAGAAAAGGUUAUGCCGAGAUUCUGAAGCUUCUAAACUAG